UCAUUUCCACUAUAAACAUGUAUACACUGAAAUAAUAUUCGUCCAGCAACACAAAAAAGGAACGUAAAUGUAGACAAUAAAUGUAAAAAUAUAGAUAACAUUAAGGACAUCACCAUCCGGUCCACGUCACCACAUGGAUGUGCAAAGGAUGUAUCAUACUGUGAUAUUUUAACUGAUACACUUAUUGCAGCCAGUAGACUAAUUUAAGAACACAGUAUUGUUAAAUAGAAUACAGUAUUAGCUAAUAUUUGCUGUCGGGCUCUGGGAGUUGAGGAGUCUGAUGACAUGGGGGUUGCACAGUCUGGCUGUAAGGGCCUGAAUACUUCAGUACCUCUUCCCAGACAGUAGGAGUCCCAGACAGGAGUCCCAGACAGUAUAAGUCCCAGACAGUAGGAGAUUUUUUGGGAGCCGUGUGUGCUGUAAAUGUCCAUGAUGGAGGGGGGAGAGACCCCGAUGAUCUCAUCUGUGCUCACUAUUCUCUGUCCUCAUUAUUCUAUGUCCUCACUAUUCUCCGCAGGGUCUCGCGGUCUGAGACGGCCAAUUCCCAAACCAGGCAGUGCUGCAGCUAUUCAGGAAGCUCUGUACUGUCUCUCUGUAGAAGAUGGUGAGGCUGUUGGUAGGGAGCUUUCUUCAGCCUCCUCAGGACGUAGACUGACAGGAAAGUGGCAGAUGGCCCGUCAGAAAGCCGUUCUCCUGUUGCUGGUUUGCGUGAGGAUCCUUGGCUCGUGCAUGGGCGACGCGCGGCUGCAGAAGACUACGUGCCGGGUGGCGUCUGGCAAAGCGGACUGCAGCCGCAUGAACCUGGACGCUGUCCCCCGGGACCUGCCUGCGGACAUAACCUCUCUGGACGUGUCCCAUAACAGACUACACGCGCUGCAGGCGUCGACGCUGGCGCUCUACUCAAGCCUGAGCGAGCUGGACGCCAGCUAUAACUCCCUAACCACGCUGGGACAGGGCUUGUGCGAGUCCGUGCCCCUCAUACGGCGUCUCGACGUCCAGCGUAAUCAGGUGCACUUGCUGAGCGAUAACGACCUGAAAUCCUGCUCGCACCUGACCCGCCUAGACCUUUCCGACAACAGGCUCAAACUGCGCGGGGAGCCCUUCUCGGUCCUGAACAACUUGGUAUGGCUGGACGUGUCCCGCAACAAACUGACCUCCGCCCGCCUAGGAUCGCGGCCCCAGCUGCCUCGCCUGGCAACCCUUGUCCUCGCCGGCAAUGACAUCGCGACCCUGAGGGCGGAUGACUUUUCGUUCCUCAAUGAGUCCUCUGUGCUGGUCCUGGGUCUUUCCGCCCUGCCACUGAAGGAGGUGGAGAAUGACUGCUUCAAACCUGUGGCUGGGCUCCGAGAUCUGAUGUUGGAUGGGAGCAACCUCAACCCUCAGGUCCUCUCCUCUCUGUGCUGGGAGCUCUCGGAGACGGCCGUGAGAAACCUCUCGCUCCGAAACACCCAGACCCUGACGCUCUCGAACACCACCUUCCAAGGCCUAGGCAAGACUAAUCUCACCGUGCUGGACCUUUCCAACAACCAGCUGUCCGACAUCCCAAAGGGCACGUUUCAGUGGUUCCCAUUGCUAGAGAACCUCUCUCUCGAACACAACAACCUCAAACACCUCACCAACGGCACCUUCUUGGGCCUGCGGAGCCUGAAGCAACUCAACUUGCGAAAGGCGCUGACCAAAAGCCACAUGUCCGCCUAUUCUGUAAUAGACGACUUUUCUUUCCAGCCUCUGGUAAAGCUGGAAUACCUGUGCCUGGAGCAGACUGUGUUUAGGAACAUCACGGAAAACGUCUUCGCCGGACUUCCGAACCUGAGACGGCUGGACCUCGGGUGGAGCAGCACAGGCUUGAGGACGGUCAGCAAUGCCACCUUUGCUGCCCUAGCAGGAUCACCGCUCCUCCAGAGGCUCAACCUCACGGGCAUGGCCAUAAGGAAGCUGGGCCCCGGCGCAUUCUACAGCCUCGGGAACCUCACCACGCUGGUCCUCAGCCACAACUUCAUCUCCCAGCGGCUGACGGGGGAGGAGUUCCGGGGCCUCGGCAGUGCCACUGAACUCCACCUGUCCUUCAACCAACAGAACAUAAGCCUUACGCCCACGUCCUUCGUCCACGUCCCCACAUUGAGGACCCUGAUGCUGGCUCGCGCCCUGACCGGCACCCUGGACCUGGAGCCGUCCCCGUUCCAGCCACUGGUAAACCUGUCCGUGCUGGAUCUCAGCAACAACAACAUCGCGAACAUCAACAGCGGCCUGCUGGAUGGGCUGCACCAGCUCAGCGUAUUGAAGAUGCAGCACAACAACCUGGCUAGGGUGUGGAAGAACGCCAAUCCCGGCGGUCCGGUGUUGUUCCUCCGGGACGCCCGGAAUCUCUCUGUCCUGGAGCUGGACUACAAUGGCCUGGACGAGGUCCCUCUCGUGGCCUUCCGGGGACUCUGGCGGCUGAGGGUGCUCAGCCUAGGCGGGAACCUGCUGAACUUCCUGCGCGAUUCCAUAUUCGACGACCUGGUCUCUUUGCGCUACCUGUGGCUGCAGAAGAACAUGCUGACGUCGGUGCGGCGGGAGACGUUCGGAGUGCCACUGGCCGGCCUGGCCGAGCUCCGCAUGGAGCACAACCCCUUUGACUGCACCUGCGACAGCGUCCUGUGGUUCGCCGAGUGGCUCAAUGCCACCAAUGCCAGCGUGCCUGGGCGUGCCACAGGCUACGUUUGCAACACCCCGCCGGCGUACUUCAACCGCUCCAUGCUGGACUUCCAACCAGACUCCUGCAAGGACCUGAGGGCUUUCCAGGCACUGUUUGCACUCAGCCAGUCCCUGGUUCUUGGCCUGAUGUUCCUGGCGUUCCUCAUGCACUUCCAGGGAUGGAGAGUUCGCUUUUACUGGAACAUCGUGACCAACCGCGUCGUAGGCAUGAGGGACGGUGGCUACAACGACCUGGCCAGGGACAGGUACGAGUACGAUGCCUACGUGGUCCACGCCGAGGAGGACAAGCGGUGGGUGGAGCGAAGCCUGCUCCCGCUGGAGGAUGAACAGUUCUGCUUUUUCCUGGAGGACCGAGACGCGGUGGCAGGCUGUUCGGCGUUGGCGAACAUCGUGGACAACAUGCGGAGAUCCCGGAAAAUCCUUUUCGUCGUCACGGAAGCGCUUUUGAAGGAUCCCUGGUGCAGGCGGUUCAAGGCCCAGCACGCGCUCCACCAGCUGAUGGACGAGAGCCGUGACGCGCUGGUUCUCGUCUUCCUGCAGGACGUGCCUGACCACCGGCUGAGCCAGGCCCUCCUGCUGCGCCGCGCCAUGCUCAAGCGCCGCUGCCUCGUCCACUGGCCCCUGCAGAGAGAGCGCGUGGGGGCCUUCCGCCAGGAGCUGCAGCUGGCCCUGGCUUCCAGCAACAGGGUCCGUUAAGACCCGGGUCGCCUUCGACGCUGGCUGCUCGGAACAGGGCUCGUAAACACAGUGUUUCCCUGCCAAGUCUUCGAGAAUACCCAUUCCUCCAGAAUUAAGAGCAUUGUAUUGAGAGACACCGCGCUAACGCAUUUUUCUCCUCCAGCGAAAUCGCCUUUAAAUAACUUUGACGGUCGUUAUUGCGUCAGGCUAAUGCGGGUUCGGCUUUGUAAAUGACUAGCAAGUUCCGCAAUAUAAUACUAACCUGUUUGCAACUAACCAAACUCAAAGCAGAAUUAGCCAACUUGCUCAGAGAUAAACACCAUGGCUGGGUUCAACGGACACAAAUGCAGAUUGUGAGGGCAAGACGGCGUGUCUGUGGGCAUCGGCUGUUGGCUGUGUCUGCCUUUCUGAUCCUGUCGGAUGUACAGUUAUUUGAGGCUUGCUUACGCAAGGAGUUGUACCAUGUGACAAUGAAGUGUAAAGUAAAUAACAGGUUCCACAGUGCCAAUGGAUCGUAAUGGUAAGAAUUUGGCAGCGGGUGUUUUACAGUGAAUCGGCACAGGAUUUUGAUGGAGACCUGGACUCAGACUUGUCCGUGAAGUUCAUGGACAUGACUUUUUUUUUUUUUUUUGAGUUCCGCAUUCACAGCUAAACACAAAGCAGGCCCUAGCUGUUAUAGAAGGUUUUGAUUGGUCCAAUUACUUUUGAUCCGCCUGAAAUGACCAGGACUGCAGGACAGGGCUGUGUCCUGUACGGUGUCACUCACUUUUCAUUUUCUGCAUGUUGUUUUAUUCCAAGACCAAUGUGCUGGUAUUCAGAGCCAAAAAACCCCCCAACAACCCCCAAACAAAAAUGUUUAGACUUUCAUGCUUUUAUUCAGUAGUGUGCUGUUUGGAAUCUUCCCUGCUCGCACCAUGGCUGACAUGGUGAUUAGUGGCGUAUAGCUGAAUAUAGGGACUGACUCAAACAGUGCUGCAAUCGCCACCAGGCUGAGAGCGUUAGGUUUGGUAACAUUCCGAGUUGCCACACACAGCCCGGUGUCACUGGGACACUCACACACGCACCCAGCCAACCACUCAGCGCGGGUGGAAUGUGUAAGCAAGCCUCGAGUUCAGACCGUGCGUCCCUGCCACCGCUACAGCCUUGAAAAGGCACGCACCUUAACUCUACUGCGCAUGUAAUGUUCCAGGUGUUCAUAGCUUUCAUGCAAAUAAUUUUGGAAAUCAUAUGACAUUUGCUGAUCUGUGGUCAUUACCUUAGUGGAGUGAUUCAGCAUUUUAUGGAACGAAGAGUUCCUGCCUGAUUUCUGAACUAAGUAACCAAGGUCAGAGAAGCAAUUAUUAUGAAUGCUGAUAGUGUAAAGAUGGUAUUUACAACGUUGCAUUUUUCCCCAUACACUUAACGACUUGGAAGUGUAAGAAAUCUCUGUGUAAUUGAUGUUAAUUUAACAUUACUGAAUUUAUCUUAAUUGUAUUUAUCUUAAUCUGAAUUUAUCUUAAUUGUAACAUUUAACAACGCAUUAAUUUUAUUUGAGUAGCUUUCAGUUCCGUGAGAUGUGGCUUGUCUCUUGGAAUCACUGUAAAACACUGAUUGUACUUUUUGCCAUAUCAGCAAACGAUUUCAUGCUGUCAGUGUAAUUUAACUAAUCACGUUUACUGAUAAUAUGCUUCCAUCUAGCGGUUAUUUCAGUGCACAUGUCGCUGAUGUGUGUUACGAUGUUUCAUAAAAAAACGCCUUUAAUGAAUAGUUUAAAAAAACAAAAACAAAAAAAACAACAAAACAUUGCAAAGAACAUUUAUCUACAUACUAAAAAGAGGCCCCACAGAAACCUGAUUAGAUAUUGGCUAUGUAUUGUUUGUAAACGAUGCCCUAAAUUUUCUAGAUCACAGUUACAGCCACAACGUAUUACUGAGGAGCGCUGAGCAGUGAGGUGGUUGUGCAGUGUCAGUGAGUUGAACAGGUCAGUGGCCAAUAAAAUAUCUGACACACACA